AUGUCCGCAGCAGCAACCAAAGAACUGAAAAAACGUCCCCGCAAGCACAACCAGUCCUUAUGGAAAGUACUAGAGAAGACAAACACCAUCGUCCAGAUCUUCUCCCAGAGCUCUGUCGCAGAGGUCAAGGCACUGUGCAAGACAAUCAGCAACACCCGCCGCGGUCUGAAGUCCAGCGACCGCGAGAAGGCCGUCGAGGAUCUCCUGCGGGCUCUCCUGCCUGGCGUCUACACCUGCCCCCCGGACGUGCGAAGUAGCGACAGACGGCCCCUGCAGCAGCUGUACGCCAAGAUGCUGCCGGCAUGCUCUCCUCAGUUUGUCGAGGAGGUGGUCGACGCCCGCGACCCGUCCAACCCGCUCUUCAGGUGGCGCAACAUGCCGAAGCUGAUACGGCGCCACGGGGCCUUGUUCAGGCGCCGUGCACACACGCAUCUCUUUGGUGAUGCUACGCGCCAGGAGGAUGAUAUGGUGCACAGAACGUUCCUUCAAAUCGACAAGGAAUUCGCCAUCGAAGCCCUGCGCGGGCGGCUCGAGGGGAAGAUCACCAACAAGCGAUGGGGACGCAUUGACGAGCUGGACAUCCUCCUUCCUAUCGUGCACCGUCUGGGCAAGAAGAGGAACAGAGAUGACAAGCUGCGCCUCGAGAUCCACGCGCUUGUCAAACUCGGCCUGGAAAUCCUGGCCAAGAACCACAAGGUGUCCAGGAACGGGGCGGACCAGCUGUGGGCCAUGGCCCUGCGCGGAUGGAAGAAGCGGCCCGACUUGUACGAAGAUCUCGUGGUGCUCAGCAUGCAGCUCGGACUAGCUGGAUCUCAAAACAACGUCCCUCGUGCCUAUCUCGGUGCGUCACGGGACGUUUCUGAGGGGCUGAGACCCCGUCUCCUUCACCUGUACUGUCUCCAUGUCCCCAAAAAAGGUGUGGAUAUCUUUACGGACGAGAGUUUUGCGCCGCUUGCUAAGCAGUCGUGGCCGCGCGAGGUCUUUGGUCAUGUCGAGGCCGCGAAGAGCAUAGUGAUGUUGAAGAAGCUCUCCAAGGCCAAUCCGGACUUCGACUUCCUUACACCCCCGUCCGGAACCUCCAUACUUCGCAUCAAGCAGGUGGGCUUGCAGCACAACUUCAAUGUGGACCUGCUAUUGACAAUCCUCCAACGCCACGACCCCGAUGUGCAGCAAAAUGCGAAACUCGCUGUCAAUGACCUGCGAAGACGAGCGGCGGUGUCCAGGGAUCCGUCAGAAAGGGCCAUGUUUGCAGAGGCUGCUGCCGCUUAUGCGAUAGCCAUUGGUGAUCUGGACACCUAUGGCGACACUGUCCACUGGCAGCAGCGCUUCGUGCACGACACAAUACCUGCUCAGAGGCUCAUUGGCCGUCAGUACGUGCUCACGGACGAAGUAGUUCAGCUGCUCUCCGCCAUACCGGAUCCUGAGGUGUUUGACCUUGCCUCUUCAAGGCUGACGGCUCCUUUGACUUUGAGCUCAGUCAGAGACCGUAUAAGCAAGGCUGAUGGUAUUCUGAAGGCAUUGUAUGAAACGUGCCGCAAGGCCAAGAGAUCACCGUCCUUUCAAGAGUCUGACUGCGGGCCUGUCAAGGCGCUGUUUCGAUUAUCGUACAAGUCGCGAGUUUCGCGCAUGGCAUAUAUGCAGGAGAAACUAAAGGUCCAACAGAGCGAUAUCCAUUCGAUGGUAUGGAAGGAGGUUCUGUCUGCUAUUCGGUGGCUGGACCACGAAUUGCUCGACCAAGUAACAGAACCGAUCAUGGAUCUGCUCAAGGCGUCAGGCCCCGCCUUGCUCGCAGCGGCAACAGGCGACCUCCUUGAGCUUGGUGCAGAACACGAAAUGAUCCAAGACCGCACGCGUAAGGAAGAGAUCCUGGAGAAGAUGUCGUACGAAGCCGUGGUGAUGCUGGCUAGAAGCGACACGCCCGCGCUCGCGUCGCGGCUCCUCGUGCAGACCAUCAUGGACCGCCCAGAUGCCAGUGCAUGGCACCGAAAGCUCCUCUCCAUCCCCUUCCUCAAGAAGCUCAAGGCGAGAGAGGCGCACGCCGUCCUCCUGAACCUCGCCAAGGCCAUCGGCGAGAAGCUGGAGGAACAAGCAUACGUCAAGGUCGGCGAGGCUGCGCAGCCAGAACACGCGCCGCCGCAGUCCAUCGUGAAGGUCACGACCGUGAAAUAUCUCGCCCAGCUGCUCGACAAUGCCGAGUUCAUCUCACGCGAGUCGGCCGUCGAGAUCUUGGUCGAGCUGCUCACGAUCGCACAGCACAGAGAUGUCCGCCUCGCCGCGCUCCACAGCCUUCUCGCCCUGCUCGAGAGCUUGUGUGUCGAGGCGCAGGACGACUGGGCGGACAACGAGACCAUCAACGACAUCCUGUGUGCUCUGGAGAAGAUUGUGCCCGUGGCGGGAAGCAUUAACGAACGACGGCCGCCGAGACCCGAAGACUGGACUGAGGCUGAAACAACGGGAGCGAUUGGCUGGCCUCUGAUUGCCGACUUCGAGUGGCCUCGAAGGGCCCUCCCGGUUCUCAUGGAGGCUUUGUUGACGGCUCUAGAUGGCCGGCGAUACCCUGGGCUGAAGGUCAUCCAGUCUGCAUUCGUCGAACGCAUCAUUCUUCCCACGAUCCGCAAAUCGCAGAGCCAGCAUAGGCAAUGGGUUGACCUCUUCCUUGCCAAGCGCAAAGCCCCUUUCUCAUCAAGAGACAUCCCACCUGCUCCACUGGUGCCGUUCGCCUGCAACAUUGUUCUUCUUUCUCACUAUCCGCUCGUCUGGGAUUCUCUGCUGCAGGACUUCAGUGAUUACGCCCUAAACCAUAUUGCUCCUAAGCCUCAGGUGAAGCAGUUCAACUCGGCGCUGCAAGCAGAGAUAGCAGAGCAGGGGCGGAUGAGCCUCGAGGCCAUGCAAUGGAUCUCUGUCUACGACCCCCCUCGUCGUCGUUUCGAAGACUUCGACACGGCGACUCUGCUACAGAUCCUGAACACCAAAUGGGAUGCCCGUCUGCGCGUGGAUUACAAGCCGCUUUUGGACGGUAUAUGCCAGCAUGCGACACUGUAUCUGGAUGACUAUCAAGAUUACGCUGGCAUCUGGGGACAGUUCAUGGCGGCUCUUGGCCCGAAGUCAAACAUCAUUUCGAACCCCGGAAACCAUGCUCAAUGGCGAGAGAAGGAAGGAGUCGUUGUGCAGCACAUCAUCCAGCAGGUGAAGACGAGGAAGGCCCAGGAGCAAAACCACAUCCUCCCGUCGACAUUCAGACAGCAGCUUUGGCUUCUCUCUUUCCCGGCUGCGGACGGCGCGGAUGAGAGCUACCGAUCUUUUGUUGGCCAGCUCGAGGAUCUCCUCCUGGCUCAACUGCAGGAGGAAGAAGGCCAGAUCUUCCGCUGCUUCGACAUGGCCGGUGAUGUCUGUACCGUGCUGGGCUUGUUUGGGAACCAAGAAGAGAGGUACAAGGUCGCCUACGAGCUUGGCAAGCUCUCGGUGAGAGAAAAGGCCGAGGAUGGCGGCAGCGUCUUGCAACAGGCAAAGCAGGGGCUAGAUUUGAUCAAGGUAGAGGUAGCAACGAAAAUCUUUGACGGUUGCCGAGACGAGAAAGGCAUCAAGGAUGGCGUGGCCGAGCGCCUGAAGGAAUGGGAAACUUCGAACUCCAGCGUCGUGAGAGAGAAGGCCUUUCAGUUGAAAGUGACCUAUAGUAAGAAACGCGCUUUUUAG